AUGGGACCCGCAGAAAUCCCAAAGACGAUGCUGGCAUGGCAGAAGCACUUUCUGAGUAUGGAGGCCACCAGGGUUGAGGUCGAAGUGCCAUCUGCACCUGAUGAUGGACUUUUGGUGAAGAUAUAUGCCGCAGGUGUCUGUCACAGCGAUGUCACGUUGUUGAACAUGGAAACCAAGCGUCCUUAUUUCCUGGACAAGUACACUCUGGGUCAUGAAGGCUGUGGAGAAGUGGUCGCUGUUGGAUCUGCCGUCACCAGAUUCAAGGCUGGUGACAUGGUGUCGGUAUUAGCAGUACCUGGAUGUGGCAAAUCAUCCUGCCCGGAGUGUACCAGGGGCGUGCCGCAAAUUUGCAGCACCGGCGAGCACUAUGGCAUAGGAAAUGACGGCUCCUUCGCUCCCUACAUAGCGAUCUGCGAGAGAGCUGCGGUCAAACUGCCACCCGGCGUGAGUCCAGCAGCCGGAGCAGUAGCCACCGACGCCGUGUUGACUGCCUACCAAGCAGUCAUGCGACGAGGUAAGGUCAAGAAGGAUGAUACGGUUCUGCUGUUGGGACUUGGCGGGCUGGGAUUCAAUGCUUUGCAGAUUAUACUCAGUAUUGGCGCCAGGGUCAUUGUUGUGGAUCAGCGACAAGAAGUGCUCGAUGAGGCUGUCAAGUUCGGUGUCAAAGAACAGGACGUCAUACCUAUUGGGACAGCCAGCAUUGCUGAAUGGGUCAAUAGCAACAAGAUCAUCGUCGACACUGCGAUUGAUUUUGUCGGAGUCUCGCAAACAUUCGCGGCGGCCAUCGAGUCUGUACGCAUGGCAGGAACGGUUGUGCUUGUUGGUCUCCUCAAUCCCGGCAUAUCAUUCAAUUCCCUGCCUGCUGUCACGAAGCAGAUCGACAUCCUUUGCAGCUAUGGAGGCACAUAUUCAGACCUGGAAGCCAGCCUUGACCUGAUCGCUAAAGGUGUCAUUACGCCGCAGGUUGAGACAGGAAGCAUGAAGGAUUUCCCUCGUAUAUUGGACGACUUGCAUAAUGGGAAGAUCAAGAGCAGAAUUGCCCUGGUGCCGGAGGGGAUCGAUUAG